CGACUUAAAAACAGCUGGGCUCUUACGUGCGUUCACACAGAGAAACGUGGGAAUGCAAAGCAAAGGGAACACGGCAACGGAUUUAGAUAAGGAUUAUCGCUGUUAUAGUGGUUUCACAGCUAUGCAAAAUAAGAAAAUGCAAGAGGAUUAGUGACACACAUCAAGUGGAGCAAAAUAGCAAAACAGAGUGAGAAAGCGAGAUGCGACUCGCCUCAGAGAUAAAAGAGAUGCUCGUGUUCAUGAAGAGACAUUCAACCCAAGGAAAUCUCAAGCUCUGAAAUACAUUUAAUAUGCUACAAGACUGUUAUUCUUCGCUGCCGACGGGUAGCAGGGAAAGGUUCCCCGAAGUCUUUGAGCCGUAAGAGCUCCGAGUACAUUCUGCCACAAGUACUUCUGUCAUCAAGGGGAUGUAACGCCACAGUCGAGUUUUCACUUAAUCCUCUCACAGGUAAACGGCGGGACAUUUUGCCGGAGGAAUUUUGCGCUCAAAGAGUUUUUAAACAGAAUGUGAAUAAGGUAUCGCUGGUACAGCUUGCUAGAGAAUGAAGCACCUGGAAUAGGUCUCUGCCUUUUUUUUGUUGGAACAAUGGCAGCAUGAAAUCGUAGGAUUUCUCUAGGUUUUUUUCACUUACUUGGAAGGAGGGCAACAUGGCAAAGCCCUUCUACAGGCUUCAGCGCUUCUUGCGACGGACUCAGCUGCUCUUCUUGUUCCUCGGUGUAGCAUACAUUAUGGCUGGAAGUGUCCUCCUUCUGCAGAGACAUGGAUUGGUGGUGUCACAGCGUGGGACGAGCAGUUACUUUCCAUUGCCGUCUUUGCCAUCUCCUCCCAGGGCCCUGGAGGCACCUGCCCUCCGGACAAGUUAUGGAAUAAUGGGAGCACGACUCUCUGGAAAAGGGUUGGGAUACCAAAGUGUUUUGUCCGAAGACAAUACUGGACAACAAUGGCUGAUCUCACGAAACCAGGAGAUCCGAUAUCUGAGACGCCGUUGGUUCCACAGCCUCAUGUCCGAACAGGAAGCGUCCCGAGCGGAGAAAGUUCUUCCGAAAAGAAAAAUCCGACACAAAGGCACGUACAUCGGCUGCUUUCUGGAUGACGCCAAAGACCGGGCGCUCAAAGGGAUGGUGUUUUAUGACUUCCGGAAAAUGACCAGCACCUUGUGUCAGGACACCUGCACCGAAAGUGGGUACCAGUUCGCUGGCCUUGAAUAUGGGUCUGAGUGUUACUGUGGCAACCGCAUCACAAGCGCUCGGAUGAAAGAGGAGGAGUGUAACUUGGACUGCAAAGGCGAGAAGGGCGCCAUCUGUGGAGGUGUGUCCCGUCUGUCCGUUUACAAGGUGGAGGAGGUUCUUCCUGGCCAGCGAAGAUACAGAAACGUGCGCUACCGGGGCUGCUUCAAAAAGCCUGACAACACAACAGCAGCUUCCCUGGCUCAUGCCAUCCAGCCCAACCUCACCUCCCAGUGGUGCAUCCAGACCUGCAUGGAUCAGGAAUUUCCUCUGGCCCUGGUCAGGAAGCCCGACUGUUUCUGCGGCUACACCACUGCUCGCUUCACUCUUCACAAGCCGGUGAAAGAAGAGCUCUGUGCUGUGGAAAACGGCAGCCUGUCUACCCAGGUUUCCCAGCAGCUCUUCCUCCAGGUUUAUCAGACACCUGUUCAAGAUUCCAGAUGCACAGAGAAGAAGUUUCUACCGGAGAAAUCCAGCUCACUGGUGGCUCUGUCCAGUUUUCCUGGUGCGGGUAACACCUGGGUGAGACACCUGAUUGAGCUCGCCACAGGCUACUACACAGGCAGCUACUACUUUGACGGCACCCUUUACAACAGAGGCUUCAAGGGUGAGAAAGAUUACUGGAAGAGUGGAAGAACCAUCUGUGUGAAGACACAUGAGAGCGGCCAGCGGGAUAUAGAGAUGUAUGAUUCAGCAAUACUGUUGAUAAGAAACCCCUACCGCUCACUUAUGGCUGAGUUCAACCGCAAGUGCGCUGGGCAUCUUGGUUACGCUUCUGAUCAACACUGGAAGAGCAAAGAAUGGCCCGAAUUUGUGGGUAGUUAUGCUUCAUGGUGGGCUUCUCACGUGUUGGACUGGCUGCGUUAUGGAAAGAGUCUUCUGGUGGUGCACUAUGAGGAGUUGCAGGAGUCACUUGUGCCCACAUUACGAUCCAUCACUUCCUUCCUCAAUAUCAGUGUCAGUGAAGAGCGGCUCCUCUGUGCUGAGUGCAACAAGGAUGGCCACUUUAAGCGCUCAGGUGUACGACGGCCCACCUUUGACCCCUUCACCUCAGAUAUGAAACGACUGAUCGAUGGAUACAUCAGCACUGUGGACCAGGCCCUCAGAGCCGGCAACCAUUCUGGUUUGCCAAAGGAAUAUCUCCGAGAUGAUAAGUGUGCAGAACUAGAGUACAGGACUGUCUGUCUCGCUCAAACCAGUGCUCCAGUGAUAUAA